GGAGGCCGGGACUUCCGGCGUAGCGUAGACGCGGCCAGAAGGCUGCUGGUAGGAGUUGCCGUGCAGGCAGAUGUCGGCGCUGCGGCACGUCGUGUGCGCCCUGUCUGGCGGCGUGGACAGCGCGGUGGCUGCGCUGCUGUUGCGGCGGAGAGGUUACCAAGUGACAGGGGUGUUUAUGAAGAACUGGGACUCGCUGGAUGAACACGGUGUUUGUGCUGCUGACAAGGACUGUGAAGAUGCGUAUAAAGUUUGUCAGAUCUUAGACAUCCCUUUCCAUCAGGUGUCCUAUGUGAAGGAGUAUUGGAAUGAUGUGUUCAGUGACUUUUUGAAUGAGUAUGAGAAAGGAAGGACGCCCAACCCUGACAUCAUCUGCAAUAAGCAUAUCAAGUUCAGUUGCUUUUAUCAUUACGCCGUGGACAAUCUUGGAGCAGAUGCUGUUGCCACUGGCCACUAUGCAAGGACCUCACUGGAGGAUGAGGAAGUCUUCGAGCAGAAGCACACUAAGAGACCAGAUGGGCUGUUCAGAAACCGAUUUGAAGUCAGAAAUCCCGUAAAACUUCUCCAAGCAGCUGACAGCUUUAAAGACCAGACCUUCUUUCUCAGCCAGGUUUCCCAGGAUGCCCUGAGAAGAACCAUCUUCCCCCUGGGGGAAUUAACCAAAGAUUUUGUAAGGAAAAUAGCUGCAGAGAAUAGACUGCAUCAUGUGCUUCAGAAGAAGGAGAGCAUGGGCAUCUGCUUCAUUGGUAAAAGAAACUUCGAGCAUUUCAUUCUUCAGUACUUGCAGCCUCGGCCUGGAAAGUUUAUUUCUAUCGAGGAUAAUACAGUUCUGGGAACACAUAAAGGUUGGUUCCUGUAUACUAUGGGCCAGAGAGCUAAGAUCAGCGGCUUGAGAGAGCCCUGGUACGUGGUGGAGAAGGAUGGCAUCAAGGGUGACGUGCUUGUGGCUCCCCGGGUAGACCACCCAGCUUUGUACAGGGACCUGCUUAGGACCAACCGUGUACACUGGAUUGCUGAGGAACCACCUGCUGCCUUGGUCAGAGACAAGAUGAUGGAGUGCCAUUUCCGAUUCCGCCACCAGAUGGCACUAGUGCCCUGUGUGCUGACACUCAACCAGGACGGCACUGUGUGGGUGACAGCGGUGAAGGCUGUGCGGGGCCUGGCCCUGGGACAGUUUGCUGUGUUCUACAAGGGUGAUGAGUGUCUUGGCAGCGGGAAAAUCCUACGGUUAGGGCCGUCUGCCUACACACUCCAGAAAGGCAAGAAUAGAACCAGAGUGACUCCCGAGGUCUCCAGUGACAGCCCAGGCCUGCACCCCACACCCUGACAAAGGCCAGGCUGCUGGGAGGAAGCAUUAGAGAAGUCUGGGGCAGACGGUCAGUGAUGGGCUAGGUGCUGCCAGAAUCAGUGGUCCGGCUGGCUGGCUGCAGAGCCACCUGAGGAGGGAGUGUCUGCGCUGGGCUCCAGUUUACCAGAAGCAUUUGCUGGCUGUGGGUCUGCCUCGAGGGCCCUGAUGGAGCUGCUCUUCCACAGUGUAGUGCAUGGAGGCUGCACAGGAUCAGCGUUAAAUAAAACUGUCGAACGUCUGA